AUGACGGACUUAUACCGUCAAUUCAUCGUCGACGAGCAUAACCGGGUUCGUGCCACUGUUCAAGCGAGAAAACUCUAUGAGCUGGAAUAUGACUAUACACUGGAAUGCACAGCCCAAACUUUCAUCGAGCGUUCGAGUGGCAAAUUCACGGCGCACAACAACCAAACUCAAACAGACUAUGCUAAUUGUGCAACAAAUGGGGCCGCGGCGCCAAGAUUUAUAGGUGAAAAUUUCUUCUCGGGGGCGCCGAAACAUGGGGGAUCUAUUAAGGGUGCCGUGAAUGCCUGGUGUGACUUUGAAUGGAGUGGAUGCACGGAAAGAGAAGCUCUGGCGGCGAACAAUAAUGACACACUGGCCUUAUUGCCAGGUCAAACGAUCCGAGCUGAGUGUGCGGGCGCUGUGCAGGGCCAUUUUACUCAAUGCCUUAUUGAG